AAUUGAGGGGGGUGCAGAAUAACAUGGAUUUUGUGUGAAUCUAAUAAUUUUUCAAUGUUAAAUAAGAAAUAUUAAUUUUAGUUUAUAUUUUUUGUCACAACUGAUUUAGUCAUCUUUUGUUGACAUUAUGCUUCAAUCAACUCUUCGUAUUAAAAUUCGUCUAUUUAAUUCACAUUUUGUUCAGUGUACAAAGUAUCAUUCUUAUAUAAUUAGGUGUUCCAAUGUUCGUUCCUGGUCAACCGGUGGUGUUUACAGGAUAGCUUCUGAUUGUAACUAUCUUAGAUCAACACCAUCUAUAAGAUGUUUACAUUUGUCAUCACCUUAUUGGGAAAAAGAAUCAUCUAAGGUAGAAUCUACAUUAAAAGCUUUAAAGGUUAAAGAGAAAGAAAAUCAACAAAAAAUAAUAGCAGCAUCAUCUUCUAAUAAUGGAUCAGGUAAACAAGUGGAUAACACUAAACCUAAACGAAGUCUUGGUAAACGAAUUAUGGAUGAAAUUGUACAUUAUUACCAUGGAUUCCGUUUAUUAUUUAUCGAUAUUAAAAUAUCUUCUCGUCUUGCAUGGAAAGUGCUGAGAUCGAAAGAAUUAUCAAGAAGAGAACAUGAACAAUUGGUUCGAACGACAGCUGAUCUUUUUCGUCUUCUUCCUUUCUCUGUUUUUAUUAUUGUACCUUUUAUGGAGUUGUUAUUGCCGCUUUUUGUAAAAAUAUUCCCUAACAUGUUGCCUUCAACUUUCCAAACGACCUCGGAUAAGGAAUCAAAAAUCAAGCAACAAUUAAAAGUCAAAUUAGAAAUGGCAAAAUUUCUGCAGACAACCUUAGAUGAAAUGGCUUUGCAAUCAAAAGGUGAAUCACAUUCAGAAAAGGCGAAAGAGUUUGCAGAAUUUUUUGACAAGAUUCGCUCAUCCGGUGAACAAGCUACCAACGAAGAUAUUUUACGUUUUUCAAAAAUAUUUGAAGAUGAAAUUACUUUGGAUUCCUUAACUCGGCCACAAUUGAUGGCUCUUUGUAGAUUAAUAGAACUGAAACCCAUAGGAACAAGUAAUUUUUUGCGUUUUCAAUUGAGAAUGAAACUAAGAAGUCUCAAGGCAGAUGAUAAAAUGAUCAUGAAGGAAGGUAUUGAUACUCUAACUGUACCUGAACUUCAACAAGCCUGUCGAGCUCGAGGAAUGCGAGCUUUAGGAUUGCCAGUACAUCAACUUCGUAGCCAACUAGCUCAAUGGCUUGAAUUAAGCCUUAACGAACAGAUUCCGCCCUCUCUUCUUUUAUUAUCGAGAGUUUUGUAUCUUUCCGACAAUCUCCCAGCUACAGACCAGCUUAAAGCAACAAUUCAAGCUCUCCCUGCUGAAGCUGUUACCGAAGCAAGAUACAAGAUUGGUGAAUCUGAAGGUAAAAUUGAUAACAAGACAAAGAUAGAGCUUAUCAAGCAAGAAGAAGAAGCUAUCAAGAAAGAACGAGAAGAAGAAGAAGCUAUCAGGAAAGAACGAGAAGAAGAAGAAGCUUUGAAACAAAUGGCUGGUGAAGAAAUUGUUGAUAAAGCUGCCCAGAUGACUGAUUCAAGCUCUAAAGGACCUGCUAAAGAGACUGAACUUUCUCCGGAAGAUUUCGAUUCACUUGAAUCAGCGCUAGAAAACAAAGAUCUUAUGUUAGAAAAAGAAGAAUUGAAGGAACUUCAUGAAGAGAUGGACGAAUACAAAGAAGAUAUUGAAGAGUUUCAACAAUCUGGUAUGAAAGAAGUCAAAAUUUCCAAAGGAGCUAAAAGACUUGGUAAGCGUGUAGAUAAAAUGAUAAAGCGUAUGGAUAGUUUGGUCACAAACCUCGAAUCAAAGAAAGAAUCGCUUGAAAAAGGAAUUACCGAGUCGGAUGACGGAGAUAAGGUUAAAGAAACAAAAGAAGCAAUGGUUAAUGUUGAAGAACUUCUAGAAGCUGUAAAGAAAAUAUCAAAAGCUGAUGAUAAUACAAAAAUGGAAAAAAUAAUUGCUGUUCUUGACGCAAUGGAUAUUGAUCAUGAUGGCAAAGUUGAAGUUGAUCAUGUUCUCAAGGUUUUGGAAUUACUCGGACGAGAAGAAUUUAAACUGCCUAAAUCUCAAAUGAAAGAUAUUGUUACCAUGUUAUUGCAAGAAGAGCAACUGGAGGAUGAAGAAAAGGCCAAAAAGAAGCAAGAAGCAGAAAAAAGAGUUUAACGCUCACCAAAUAUAAAAACGCUAUAGAUUGGGUGGCAGAUCGACUGUUGUGUAAAAGAUAUCUACGCAUUUGCUAAAUUAACAUAUAAAUUAUAAAUUAAAUGAAUGCAAAAGCCUUUAAAAAUUUCUUUUGUAAUUAGAAUUAAAACCCCGUGAAUUUUGUUGUAUUUGUUACAAGAAAUGUCCUAGAUCAAAUCUGGAAAUAAAUCAAUUUAAGA